GAAGUGUCACCAGUGGACUGUGGUGAUGGUGAGAUGGACAGUAUUUAAACAGCCCAGAAGCGCUUAUCACCAGUCAGCCACAGAAGCAAGCUUGGAGUCAAGAUGCCAAACUGGGGAGGAGGAGCCAAAUGUGCAGCCUGUGAGAAGACAGUGUACCAUGCAGAGGAGAUCCAGUGUAAUGCAAGGAGCUUCCACAAGACUUGCUUCAUCUGCAUGAGCUGCAGAAAGGGGCUGGACAGUACAACAGUUGCAGCGCAUGAGUCUGAGAUUUACUGCAAGUCCUGUUAUGGCAAAAAGUAUGGGCCGAAAGGAUACGGGUACGGGCAAGGAGCUGGUGCUCUGAGCUCUGAUCCUCCUGGACAGGACGCAGGCCCUCAGCCUCAUGACUCCAAACCUCGACCAGCCUCCUCAAAAUCCACCGCCGAUAAAUUGUCCCAGAAGUUUGGAGGUUCAGAUCACUGCCCUCGAUGCUCCAAAGCAGUCUAUGCAGCAGAGAAGGUGAUGGGAGCAGGGAAGCCUUGGCAUAAAACCUGCUUCCGCUGCGUUCUGUGUGGUAAAAGCCUCGAGUCGACCACAGUGACAGAUAAGGAUGGAGAGCUGUACUGCAAAGUUUGCUAUGCCAAAAACUUUGGCCCCAAAGGAUUUGGACUGGGGAAUGCUGCAAUGCUGGAGGAACGACAGUAA